GUUGAGAUACUUUUUUGGGGAAGCGGAGGAGAAUUUAACACUUCAUUUGCAAUUGGAUUUGUUUAGAAGAUUGGUGAGGGCAUUGGCAUUACAACCCAUCACCAUCGUCGUCGUCUUCAGAGAAAGCGAUUCCUUUCCAAAGAACAAUCGCUCGACCAAAACAGAGACAUCAAGUCGACGACCGCCCAUUGCUACUAACUCAGACAACGACUCGGGUACCUGAACUCCACGCACAACUCCAACACCAAUCCGGCCUAACCCACCGCCUAUGUAACCUUACCUCCGACAACUCCGAGCACUCACAACAUCUCAAGAAACCCUACGCCAUACCUUCUCCUCCCCAAACCCACACCACACGACAACCACCAAACAAUGUCGUCAGCACGGUACCGUCCAAACGCCUCACGGCCCUCCGACUCCCCCUCCGACUCCCCCUCCAGCACAACCAAAAACGUCGCGACAACAACAGAGGAGGACGACAGACGCAACAAAUUCACCAUCCUCGACGCACUGCGCGUGCUCGCAGGCGUGCUGAUACUCAGCUGCGGAACAAGCUACCUCGCAACCUCAGGAUCCAGCCUCACAUGGGGCUACAACCCAUGGUGGACGCGGGCGCGGGAGUGGAAAGGCUUACUCCGCGGAACCGUCCACCUAACAGACGCCCAACUCGCCACCUACGACGGCACCGACCCCUCCCUCCCCAUCUACCUCGCCCUCAACGGCACAAUCUACGACGUGUCCUCCUCGCCGGGGACCUACGGCCCCGGCGGCUCGUACCAUUUCUUCGCGGGGCGGGACGCCGCGCGCGCGUUCCUGACUGGGUGUUUCGCAGAGGACCAGACGCCCGACUUGCGUGGGGUCGAAUUGAUGUACAUGCCUAUUGACCCGGAGCCUGGGCAUCCGGAUUAUAAGGAGCCCGGGGAGAGGAGGGAACUGAGUAAGGGGGAGAGGAAGAAUAGGCAUGCGAGGGAGUUGAGGGAGGCGAGGAGGAGGGUUAGGGAGGGGUUGGAGCAUUGGCAUACGUUGUUCAGGGGGGAUAAGGGGAAGCCGUAUAGGAGGGUUGGGGAGGUGGUGAGGGAGGAGGGGUGGUUGGAGAAGCUGGAGAAGAGGGAGCUUUGUGAGGAGGCGAGGAAGGCGAGGCCGGUUAGGAAGGAUUUGUAGAUGACGUUGGGGAUGGAGGUUUGGGGAGGGUUGUUUAGGAGUGUGUGGAAACGAGAAAAUCAAAAUUUAACCUUAAAACAAGCAAGCAAACCUUUCAAACAAACAAACAGAGCGAAGCAGAGAGGAGAUGAAAACGAGACACGUGGUGGUGUGGAUAUACGUGUGGCUCUUUACGUAUGCAGGUUUAAAACGCUUCAGCAGCUUGCGUUUUCGUAAUUCUGA